UAUAAAGUAACUUGUAAAGAAGAAACAGUUAAAUAAAAAUUUAUAGGUAUCUUUAUAGAGGCUGUGAUGGCUCAGUUUGGCCAUUCCGUAGCUUACACUAUUUUCCUUAGUCCUAAAGUUGGUUUUAAAGUUGUGGAUUUGGCAUGUUUUGUUUUCCUGGUGCAUGUUUUUAGUUUCAGUGGCUUAUUUAAACUGGUUUUGUCAACACUGCUUACUAUUGACAUUUCUUUUCUUUCUUUUAGUAACUUGGAUCCACUUACAGAAACUUAUGGGAUUCCUUUUUACCUACAGUACCUUGCCCACUGGCCAGAGUACUUCAUUGUUGCAGAGGCACCUGGUGGAGAGUUAAUGGGUUAUAUCAUGGGUAAAGCGGAAGGCUCAGUAGCUAGGGAAGAAUGGCACGGGCACGUCACAGCUCUCUCUGUUGCUCCGGAAUUUCGACGCCUUGGUUUGGCUGCUAAACUUAUGGAGUUACUAGAGGAGAUUUCAGAAAGAAAGGGUGGAUUUUUUGUCGAUCUCUUUGUAAGAGUAUCUAACCAAGUCGCAGUCAACAUGUAUAAGCAGUUGGGCUACAGUGUGUACAGGACGGUCAUAGAGUACUACUCGGCCAGCAAUGGGGAGCCCGACGAGGACGCCUAUGAUAUGAGGAAAGCACUUUCCAGAGACACUGAGAAGAAAUCCAUCAUACCAUUACCUCAUCCUGUGAGGCCUGAAGACAUUGAAUAACCAUGGGCAGUGGUUCUUAGGCUGAUGCUCCAGAUAUUUUAUGGACAAUAUUAUUUUCAUUGGAUGAUCUUGGAGCUCUAUUAGGAGAAAAGUAAUCAUUUAGGUCUCACAGACUUCAAAAAAAUACAGGUUAUAAACUUGAGUCUCAUUGUUUCCAGUUAGCAAUAUCAUACCUACUAAAGCUGUUCACUGUAAUAAAAUUCAAUCAAAAAGGCAGGUGGGUCAGAUGGAAACAUUCCACUGAUUUGGUUCAUAAUAUGCUAGGGAAAAAACUUGCUCCAGUCUCCUCCUAAAUUCUGUGCCUGAGAACCACUGCUACAUACAUAUUUUUUAUUUUGUAUCAAACUGUUAAUUGAAGCUUUAAAAGCAUAUAUGAAAUGUAUAAAUCUAAGAUGUAUAAUAAAAUGCACUGCAGACCCUAUGAAUGUUCUGGAAGCUUGUUGGUCAUUUAUAAAAUUAGAUCAGGAUUGAGAAGAGCCAUCAUUUAGGAUAUGAUGUUUCUCUUGUUUGGCUUACAUAGAAAGUGUUUUUAAAAUACAUACUUGAAACAGCCCUUGCCCA